AUGGCCCAAGAACAAGAGCCGCUGCUAGGGAGUAAAAAGCCCCAUCAGAACCGAGUGGAUAUCACAAAACUCUUGGCUGGUUUGGUUGUAUGGAUUCUUGAGCGACAUAUACGGUUGUCGAUGGUUCCUGCUCUCAGCCUACGCUUUAUUCUCCGUCGGGUGCCUUAUAUCGUUGAUUGA